AUGAGCAACUUCAAGUUAGCGUUCGUGCGAUAUACGGAGCUCCAGGCGGUUCAGAACAGAGAGCUUGCUCUGCGCUGGUGUUUGGAUCUGGGGAAAACCUUGAUUCACGAGGACUACCGAUGGAGUAGUUUUUUGCCCAAGAUCUCCCAUCAGAAAUGGCGGUUCGUUUCCCAACAGUUGCGCGAGUUCCGUCGUAACAUUUCCAUGACACAGACCAAAUUCUUUGAAAACAACUUCAAGAUCAUGACGGACAAGCCUUCAGACGAUGGGUUUCUCAAAGAAGCCCAUCUUAAACUCGAGGAAUAUUUACAGAACAAAGACAUAAUAGACCAGAAGGCCGAAUUGUUCGACUAUUUAUACCGCAACCGGUUUGAGAGCUUGUGUUAUCGCCUGUUGAAAGAGUCGCCGUCCAACUUUGCCGGGUUUUCCGAAAACCAAAUGCACAAACUGACCCUUAUUAUUGACAAAUACGGAACCUUGAAAGAUUUCGAUAAUCUGCUGAUCCACUUUGCAGACAAGAAAACGAGCCAUUUGCUUCGACGACUGAAUAAUCUGAACGAUACUCUACAGAUUCAGAGCAUUUUGAAGUUCCAAGAGUCUUCAAACGUGGAUCUGUUGGAAAGCGUUGUUGAAUAUAAAGGAUUAUGUUUGGCCGUCACCAAGCAGUUUAAACAUACAUUAUUAGUCUCUGAGAAAGAAUGGAGCAAACAAAAGGCACAGGCAUUGUUGAGUCUUUUUACUCCGCUCAAAUGCGACCCCCAGUUUCUCGCCCAAGUGUAUCAUUUAUGUCGGACCGACGACCUCAAAUCCAACUUCGAAUUGGCCUCGAAGUUGAUAGACCCGCUUCGCAAACCAAACAUCGUUUUUGCCCUGCUCAAGGAUUUGGAUCCCUUGGAAAGUUGUUACUUGUGGAUCCAUUCGUUCCCAGACGUUGAAUUCUCCAAAAGGAUCCCCAAUCAACUGUUAAUUUUAAAACAUCGUUACUUGUUCGCCAAAAAGUUGCCCCAAGGUUUCCACACACAGCUUGACCUAGACCCGCCAGUCCUUUCGAACUUUUUGAGUUUGUUGGCACAUGGAUAUAGUCGCUGGGGCGACCCGAAUUAUGCUCUGGAGCUCACCGACCUAAAAGCAAAGCUUUCACUAGAAAUGAACGCUCGUGAUCAAACACAGGAGUUCAAAGCAUUAUCCAAGACAUCGCCAGAAAGGGCAUACGAGUUUUUCCAAAACAUGCCUCACGACCAGUAUCCAUACAUUGUGAAAGAAGCUCUCUCCAUGUUUGGAAGAACCAACCGUUGGGAAGAACUCAACAAGUUUUUCUACAGUCUUUCAGAGUUUGACUACACUCCAACCACUUACGAUUACUCCUACAUGUUUGAUUCAUUGGCUGCUCGUGGAGCUGUGGACCAGGCUCUAGAGUUAUGGGAAGUGUUCAUCAGAAGAAAAUUCACCCCAAAUGACCGGAUCUUACGAGCCAUCAUCACCGCCCAUAUCAAGAAACAGGCAUAUUCUGACUCAUUGCACUGGUUUGCUGCAUACUCGCAUUAUAAGGUUCCAUUGUCUGCAAAGUCGUACGGUCUCAUGCUCGAGUGUCUUUCUGGAACCAACGACUUGAGCUCCUGUUUCCGUUUAGUGGACGAGCUUGCACAAAUAAAGCCAAACAAACUGGACUCUGCGUCGUUUAGUGGUUUCAUGCGCAAUUGUGCAAUUGCUGGUGAUCACAAAAGUAUAGAAACACUGCUCAAUGUCCAUUUCCCUAAAUUUGGACUGCGACCAAAACCAGAAGACUUUGCCUGGAUUCUCAAGGCGCAUUUGAUUGCACAGCGUUAUCAGACCGUUGUUGAGGUGUUUGACAAGCUCAGCAGCUCGCAUCUUGAUUGCUAUGCCAGCCACGAGGUUGCUCUACAAGCAUCGUCGAGACUGCCGUGGCCACAGGAUUUCAAUCGACUCUGGCUCAAGUUUACCCAAAAAUAUCAAGACUCUAUCAAAGUGGAGUCUUAUGAGCACUACUUGGUGCACUACUGCCGUCGUUACGGAUUCAAGAAGGUGGUUAGACUUAUCGAUGGUUUGAAAGACACGUACGGAAAGCUUCCUUCCAGACUGAUCAACCAAGUGUUUUACCAGUACAUGCGAAUGGGCCGCCUAAAGCAGGCUUUUGAAUUGAUUGGAGUGGCCCAAACCAGAGGCGUGGAAAUAACAAGCAAGACCUACUCGCUGGUGUUGCAGGCUGGAACCAAGCUGGUGAACAACAUGAACAUACGACUAAUGACCGAAUUGCUCACCAACAGAACCAAGGGUGAGCUUGGGUUCAAGGAGAAGGAGCUCAGUCCAUAUGCCUUCAAGGUUGCUCUCAAGAGUAUAUUGGAUAAAGGACAAACUGCCAAAGCUCGUCAUUUCUUUGAGACUUACAUUGAGACGUCGGAGUCGUACCUUUUGGACAACGUACACAUUCUUGCUCUAGAGUUGAUGAUUCUCGGCAAGGAGAAACGGUGGCAGGAGUUCGAGAGCUGUUUUGGUCGGUACCAGUCGAUUUUGAAACAGCGGUUCACCCAUGCUCGGUUGCGUAACUCGCACGUUUACGACUCGAUGGACGAUUCUCUUUUCAGAAGAUUUACUGGAGCGACGUUUGAGAGCCUGGACGAGACUGCUUUGAAAAACAAGUCGUCCUACUCGGACCCUCUCUCGUCGUACUUGAAGGAGAGCAUGAAUGAAGUUUGGCCCUACCGCUUGAGACAGUUGUUUGCUUCUGACCAACUUGGGUCUGCUCCGGACUUUGUGCGACAAAUGUUGGAGGACGGAAUGAUUUUAAGCAGCGACAAUUUCAACGAGACCGCCCUGAUGAUGAGUCGCAGUCCGGCUCUUGUUCCAGAGACUAUCCAGUUCAUUGAGACGUAUUUGUUGCCGGACCUGGUCAGACAGGGUCGCAAACGCUAUCUGAAAAUAUCGUUUAAGUCGAACGAGGUUAUCAAGAAGUCGCCAAUUACGGUGAACCCGGGCCAUUUCCAUUUGAUCAUGGUUCACCUGACGCAGCAUAUGGCCGGUCUGCCGCGGCUUGAGGUGAGUCGGCUGAUGAGAUCGCGGGUGAUGGACCGUCAAGAGACUAUUUUACGAUACCGUCCAUUAAUGAAACACAAUUAUCUUGCAUUGAGACGGAACGCCAAGAUGAAGAGCAGGUUCCGGCUUGAGAAACGGGGAGCCUAUGCAUCUCGUGGCGUGCGCUGGAGAAAGCAUAGGUUCCGCGAGUCACAGCAUCAAUUCCUCGACGAUUACAUUGACAUGUUGCAGCGAGUCAUUUCUCUAGGAGAGGCUCGUCUUCCGGCCUCGGAGCAGGGCGUGCUUGAUCUAUACAGAAAGAAGGUUUUGCAGCUGCGCUUGCAAAAGGUGCAGGUGGGAAAGCUAGCGCAUGCGACGGUGUUUGACGCACGAACCGAGCCCGGUAAAAGACACAUCUACAACAAGAUGAUACGGACACAUAGACAUGAAAAGUGA